UUUGGCGAUCAUUUUUCAACACCGUCUGUCGAUGAGGUUAAAUCACGACCUUUAUCACAUUCUGAAGCUUUAGAAUCUCUGUGUACACUUGGAAAAUGUGAUUCAGGCUUGAAGUAUCCUUUUUUGGCGAUGGACGAUUCUGACAGGCAUUUAUCGGAUGUGAGUAUUAUUCCCAUUUUUAAAAAUGUCAUUCGAGUCAAUGUUUCUGGAAACCAUCUCACAACAAAGUUCCUUAAAGUAUUAUCUUCAAUGUCUUUUCUGCUUAUCCUCGAAACUGGUCGAAAUUGCCUUAGUGGUUCUCUGAGAAUGGAUCCAUUGCCUUAUUUACGGGUUUACGCUGUAAAUUUAUUAUUUUACCAUGGAACAAAAACAAUUUAUCAGGAACAGAAGGUAUUUCAUCCCCUAUUGGGAACUCUGGAACUAAAUUAUAAUCGCAUCGCAGAUGUCAGCCUGGAUCCUGAAAUUCUAAAAAGAAUAAAAGUUCUCGAACUUCGAAGAAAUAUUCUUUGGAAAACUAAUGGAAUAUAUUUACCUAGCCUGCUUCGUCUGUACAUUGCAAAUAAUGAAAUUGAGAGACUUGAAGGUCUCAAGUAUUUGGUGAAUUUAAAGAUUCUCCAUCUUCGAGAUAUCAGACUUUUAAGCUUCCAUGGGUUUCAGAAUGGUUCUUUGAAAGUAACUUAUUUAAAUUUGAGAAGCAAUAAAAUGAAAAGGAUAUCUGAAUUGACAGGACUAGAAAAUGUGAAGCGAAUUGAUAAAGACCCUGUUUUGGAAAAUGAACGGCAUCAAGCAGCAAGUCACCGUCAACAAAUGUUGGAUGAUGGCAUGAGCUUUUCGGAAUUCGAUGUACAUGAUAUUGAGGGCGACGAAUGA